GUCCCACUGUCAAAACAGAGAGAGGGCAGCAACAAUAUGAUGGACCUUUUUGAGACCAACCCUUAUCUUUUCAAUGAUUUGCGCUACUUGGAAGAAGGAGAUCAUGGACCACUACAGCACUUGGACAUAUCCGGGGUGUCUCCACUGUACAACGGCAAUGACAGCCCGCUGUCUCCAGGCCAGGAUAACGUUCCGUCCGAGACCGGGGGGGAGAGCAGCGGGGAGGAACACGUUCUUGCGCCCCCGGGUCUCCGGUCGCACUGCGACGGCCAGUGCCUCAUGUGGGCCUGUAAGAUCUGCAAGAGGAAGUCUGCGCCGCCCGACAGACGCAAGGCCGCCACUCUGAGGGAGAGGAGGAGGCUGAAGAAGAUCAACGAGGCCUUCGACGUGUUAAAAAGGAAGACCGUGCCAAACCCCAACCAGAGGCUACCCAAGGUGGAGAUUUUACGCAGCGCCAUAAGCUACAUCGAGAGGCUACAGGACCUGCUGCAGACCCUGGACGAGCAGGAGAAGCCCCAAAACGGAUCAUCCCACAACUUCAAAGACCACAGUGUGGGAAACCAUGAUGGUCACUGGAAAAAGUCCUCAGAUUCGUGGCCGACCUCUGCUGAUCAUUCCACUGUCGCAAUGAUAAACCAGAGAGAAGGCUCCAGCGAGUCUUCGGCCUCCUCCAGCCUCCUGCGUCUGUCCUCCAUUGUGAACAGCAUCACCAACGGAGACAAAGUCAACUUCAGCGAGAACGUCUCAGAAAACUGAAACAUCAGCAAAGACUUUGACUAGACUACAUUUUAGAUUUCCAUAAUUUAUCCCUAAAUUAUUUCCACUGUGUUUAGCCAAUCUGGCUUCUGUUUGUUGUGUAGUCCUCAUUUGUACAUAAGGAGCAACAAAUGUGUACAUAUUUUAUUAUAAGGUGAUGUUUAGAUGUAUUUAUUUUAUAUUCAGAAGCAGAUACACUCUUUUAUGAAAGCUGAUAUUGUAUUUAAAUAUUUGUACAUAACUGACCAAUACAAUAAAUUAAACUUUUUGCAAUACUCU